AUGGCCACAGCACUCUCAGGCCUGAUAUCGCGGCCUAUCCCGCUCUUCACAGCAGCCACCCUGCUGCGCGCAGGCAUGCUCCUCUACGGGCUCUGGCAGGACGCGAACUCGCCGCUCAAGUACACAGACAUAGACUACCUAGUCUUCACCGACGCAGCGCGGUUCACAUUCUCCCCGUCGUCGUCAUCAUCAUCGUUGUCGUCACUAUCGCCGUACACGCGCGAGACGUACCGCUACACGCCGCUGCUCGCCUGGCUGCUCUGGCCCACGACGCUGCCCGGCACCUUCUGGUUCUCGUCGGGCAAGGCGCUGUUUGCUGCCGCCGACCUGCUGGCCGGCUACCUGAUCACGCUAAUACUACAGCGCCACAUGCGCAUGCCGGCGGACCGCGCCUGCCGCUUCGCGAGCAUCUGGCUGCUGAACCCCAUGGUGGCGACCAUCAGCACGCGGGGCAGCUCGGAGGGCCUGAUGGGGGUCCUGGUCACGGCGCUGCUGUGGGCCGUGCUGGAGCGGCGCGUCGCGCUCGCGGGCGUGCUGCUGGGGCUCGGCGUGCACUUCAAGAUCUAUCCGUUCAUCUACGCGCCGGCCGUGGUGUGGUGGAUGGACGCGGAGCGCAUGGGGACGAGUCCUUCUUCAAGGCCCCAGUUGGUCACCAAGAGGAGCUCAGGAAGGGAGAAGAAGAAGGGGGAAGUCAGGUCAUCACAGACAAAAACGGCACAGACAUCGACCCUCCAGCAAAAGAUCACGGCUUUCAUAACGCCCCAGCGCAUCCAGCUGACCCUCGUCAGCCUGGCCACGUUCCUGGGGCUCAACGCGGCCAUGUACGCCGCGUACGGGACGCCGUUCCUGACGCACACGUUCCUGCACCACGUCACGCGCAUCGACCACCGGCACAACUUCAGCCCCUACAACGUGCUGCUGUACCUGACGUCGGCCUCAUCAUCGUCAUCACCUCACCUACUAGGUUCUUCUCCCGCGCCACUGUCGUCGUCAACGUCGCCGCCGUCAUUUAGGAUCGAGUCCGUGGCCUUCGUGCCCCAGCUGCUGCUCUCAACGGUGCUGAUCCCGCUCGUGGGCGCCAAGCGCGACCUGCCGGCUACGAUGCUGGCGCAGACGUUUGCCUUUGUCACCUUCAACAAGGUGUGCACAAGCCAGUAUUUCCUCUGGUACAUGGUCCUCCUCCCCCUCUACCUACCAACCUCCUCCCUCCUCCACCGCCCCGCCCGCGGCCUCGCGGCCCUCGCGCUCUGGGUCGCCGCGCAGGCGCUGUGGCUGCAGCAGGGCUACGCGCUCGAGUUCCUGGGCCGCAGCACCUUCGCCCCAGGCCUGUGGGCCGCCUCGCUCGCCUUCUUCCUCGUCAACUGCUGGAUCUUGGGCGUCGUCGUCGAGGACAUUGGGGGAGCGUCGGCUUGA